AUGAACUUGAAAAAAAAGCAAUUAUCUUUGAAAUAGAUGGUUUGUUUUAUCAAUAUAUUUAGACAAAUUCUUUGGAAGAAACCCUUAAUCAUCAGUAAUUGGUAAAAGAUUAGAUGAAUUCCACAUAAACUGUAAAAGGAAAAUUGAUAGUUCAAGAAUUCAGUAGGAUUAGAAAAACCUAAAAUAAUUUAUUGUAAUAUCAUCAAAAAUGGAAUUAAAUAUACCCGAUAGAAUGGUUUUGUCUUUUAAAACUUUAGGUAGAUAAAGAGGAUAUCUAUUAGAAACAUGAUUUCAUAAAAACAGGAUGGCUCUUUGCAACUGCUUCAAAUUUGUGA